AUGGAGGAGAAAAAAAUCUCUAGGUCAUCCAGAUCAGGUGGUCAUGUGCACAGGUUAUGCAAUGGUCCUUAUGUAGUAGGCCUACAGACACAGCUACUGCACACAAUAUACACCAUCCUGUGUACAUUGGCUCUGGAGCACAAAGGACCUGUGUCAGUAGUCAGGAUGGAGGAGGAACAAUCUCAAGGUCAUCCAGGUCAGGUUGGAGCCGAGCGUCAGGUCUCCUUUGACAACGGCUUGGAUGGUUCAGUGGCUGAGGAUUGCUUCUUUGCCAUGAGGGCCUUCCAGAAGGGAUUUUCAUUCGCCUUUGUUGAAGGUGAAAUGUGGGAGAAGUCACCAUUCUCUCUGUGGGAUUUUGUCCAACAGCGUAAACGGUGGCUGCAAGGCAUUCUCCUGGUGGUUCACUCCAAGCAGUUGGCUGCCAAGACCAAGUUUCUCCUGGCCAUCUCCUGCUACUCCUGGGUGACAAUGCCUCUCUCUACCUCUAACAUCGUGCUGGCUGCUCUGUGUCCGAUCCCCUGCCCACCCGUCAUGGAUUUUCUCUGCGCUUUCAUUGGAGCAGUCAACAUCUACAUGUACGUGUUCGGUGUCGUCAAGUCCUUCUCCCUCUAUAGGUUCGGCCUUCUGCGGUUUUCCCUAUGCAUUGCAGGCGCUCUCUGUACCAUACCUGUCAACAUCUGUAUAGAAAAUCUCGCGGUAAUUUGGGGACUUUUCGGGAACAAACACAAAUUCUACGUGGUCAACAAAGAGCUGAGGCCGCCGGUGACGGUUUAGAGCGUUCCUUCAUUCCAUCAGCACAAAGUCACCUUCAUCCCGGUCCAGCUCUGUUCAUCUGACUCUACAGGGUAUGAGUAUUUUGUUAGUUUUUGUAUCCAAGACUGAUUUGUGUUUUCUGUACAUAAGCAACGUUGAAAGAAGUUUUAUAUCGCCAUACAAUACUUUGAUCAGUGUUAUUCAUUUACACUUUUAAGUCUUUGCCUUAUUUUUCAGUUUGAAUCUACAAAAGUUCACCCUUCAUUACUGAUUAUUUGCCAUCUGGAAACAUCCAUCUGAUUGUUAACAGAUAUAUAAUGUAUGUGGUUUAUUUACCAGUAGAAGUUCUUGUCCACAGUCAGAUUGGCAUAGCUGCAGCUUAACACCUGAACUGUACUUACCUAAUGUUCAGUCAUAUACUGGAUCUCGCCUGAACAAAGAAUGAGGUCUUACAGCCGAGUUUGUGUGCAUCUUGUAAAUAUUUAUCACUAUUACAUAAAACAUUCAUUUUGUAAUGUUUACAGUGUUAUAUAAUAUAUACAUAAUUUUGCUGCAUAUUAGAUUGUUAAUUUAUUUGUAUUAUGAAGCUUAGGUACUUAAAACACUUCCUAAGCAGCAGCACGGUUAUUUUUUGGUUAAUUUUACAAAAAUUGUGUAUUUGUUCAUUUUAGCAUAUAAUUCGUGCAAUUCUUUAAUCACUAUCAAAUUGUCAAAGUGAGUUAAAGCAAAAUUUAAUACCACACUUAAAAAGAUUAAACUUUAUACUACAGUGAUAAUUUUGACUUACCUAAAUGAAAACUUCUGGUAUAUUUUCAAUUUUGUAUAAAUGAUGUAAAAUAAAUUCUAAGUUUUAAUUGGUAGUAUUUUUAUACAAGCUCGCAAACAAUAUACUGCUGAGCAGUAUAAUGAGGGUUUGCAGUCUUUGUCAUAAAAAUUAAGUUGAAUAUAUCAUCGGUUAGUUUAAUAACCUAAACAAUAUAAUUUGUUGAGGACAGUUGAAAUGAAAGUCUAUUGUUUAAGUUAACUAUUUAACCUUUAAAGUGAACUAUUUAACCAUCUAUAAAACACAGUAUACUGUAUUUUUCUGCUAAAAUGACCAAAUACCUAAUAGAAUUGUAUUUGUUUUGUGAGCCUCAUAUAUUGAGGUUUUAUUGUGAUAUAUUAUUAGAAUUUUAUAAUUAAUUUUUGUCCUUAAGCAAGCAGCUCUGUAGAAGUGCCAGCUGACUUAGAUAGUCGUAGGAACACUGACAUUCUGUAGUUCUCUGGCAGAAAAUACUCUUGCUACAGGUAAUUUGUGGCUAAUCACUCUCACGAUAGAUUUAAUUAUUUAUUACUUGCACAUUAUAAGCCAACAUAUCUUUUAUUGUAUAUUACAAUUAUGUUUUUAUAAAGUAAAAAUGUAUGUGGUAUUGAUUACUCAGUUUACAUCAUAACUGUGUUAAAAAAUGUCUAUAUUACUUAAAAGUUUCUUUUUAAGGCUCUUGUAAUCCUACGGUUAAACCAGGGUGAAAUUUUUUUUGUUUUUGUUAUUAAUUUUAAAAUAUUUCUUAUCAAAACAAAUAUUAUAAUACGAAGAAACACUCUGGUAUGUGUUAGUUGAAUUGAUUCAACAACAACUUUACUUGUUAUAAUUAGAAACUAAAGUCUUAAAUGGAACCUAGUUCCGUUCUAUCAGUGAUGUUAAAAAGAAUUUGUAUUGGAACAAAAUUAAAUUUGUAACAUGCCCUAUUUUAGGUGUUGUAUUGUAUGAGGGGCGAUGGUCACAGCACGUCAACCGAAACUUAUUGUGCAUUAAUUUAGGUAACUCGUUGGAUGUGAUUAGUGUUCAUAUACCGAUAAAUUAAAUAUAGUUGCAUUUUAAAUAGAAGUACAGUCUGUGGUGGUAAUGUAAUGUAAUUGAAAAUUAGCAUAAGGAAUAAUUAAUUUUUAGUAAUUGCAAUUUCUUGCCGAAAUGUUUUACUUAGUAGAAUUUCUUGCUUAGUAAGGACUUAAAAGUUUUAUUUUAAAAUGCUAAUGUUGUUAUUAUCUUUUCUGUUUAUUUGGUCUCGCAAUUUUUAUUUGAGCCAUAAACCGUUACCGUACAAAAUUACAAAAAUCUUCUGAACAAGGAAUUUAUUGCAUAAUGGCUAUUUUCAGUACAAGUAAUUCUUUGUUCUAUCGAUACAUAGUUAUUUCUAUUUGCAUCAAUUGGCUCUUAGCUAAUGGUAAUAGUUUGUUAUGAUUAUUUUCAAAGAUACUUGUAUAGCCAAUGCAAAUUUUUUCAUGUCUCGUAACAUCUAAAUGCCUUGGCCCACUUAAAUGUUAUAGCCUAUACGCUAUGGACAUAUAUUAUUUCGUCAGCCACUGUAUGACUUUAUCAUAUGAAUUAGUACUAUUCCCUAAAAAUAGUGUUGUAAGGCAAUGUUUUGUUGAUCUUCAAUCAAUAAGCUUUUUAUCUCGUUUGAGAAAUACUUUAAACAGAAGUCAAUAAGGUGAACCAAAUCCUCAGCUUAGAAGAUUAGAAAAAUACUUUAAUAAACAGAACAAUUUAAAAACUUAUAAAGUUAUGAAUAAUAAUAAAUGAACAAGUUUUAGCAACAAAUUAUAAGCUUUAAAAGUACUCUGCUUAACUAAAGCUUCUGAAGAAACGAAUAUCGUUUGAAACAAAUUACUUAUAAUAUAUUUUAAACGUUUUAAAAAACAAAAAUGUGAUAGCCACAAAUUAACUGUUUACUUAGACCUAGAAUGUUUAUUACAUAGCCAUUGCUAAGUCUUGUCAAAUAUUAGUCUAUUCCAUCUAUGUAAUAUUCAAGCAAAGUAUUCUUAGGUAAUAAACAUUAAAUAAUUACUAUUGAGUAUUUAAAAGUUGAGUAACUAAGUUACAUUUUGUUACACAGUACCUACUACUAUUGUAUUUAGUUGUUAAAAUGAAUCUAGACUUAAAUAUGAAAGUGUGAAUCCAACUUUACCUUGAAAUAAAAGGAACCUGUUUUAAUACAACAA